AGAAAAAAAAUCCUUUCCUUCCUGGUUUAUUGGUGAACAAUGUUGUUGCAUCCUGAUGUAUUAUGGCUAUUUUCUGUACUGGUACAGUCCGUUGACUUGCUGGAGUGGUCAUCGGUCACCUUUAGUAAUGCCAACACUCCGUCAGCACGGAGGGACAUGGCGUUGGGAUACUUCCAAACUCAAAACAAACUGGUAGUUUUUGGAGGGAGAGGUGGUCCGAUAUUAGAUGAUACCUGGGAAUACGAUGUCGCUGGAGGGACAUGGUCAGAUGUGAGUAACACUACCAGACCCGGUGCCCGCUUCAGUAUGGUAUACGGGGUGGUGGGUAACUUCCUCUACAUCACUACGGGGGAGGGACCAGGCAAGAUCUUCUACAACGAUGUAUGGAAAUUCGACAUCACAACAUCGACAUGGACUCAAGUUUCAACCACGGGAACUCCACCAAGUGUGCGAUACGGAGCAGUAGGGGGCGUGUACCCCGGCUCCACCCUCCUCUACGUUAAUCUGGGAUUUGCCGGGGAGCGUUUCUUUGAUACUCUUGUCUUGGACACAUCAACAAAUCAUUGGUCCACGAGGUUCUGUGAAGGGUUCUGCCACCCCUACAAUCCUAACUACCCUCAUGCACGAUGCCUUCACAGUGGGGCUGUAAUCGAUGCCAACCGACUUGCCAUCUUUGGUGGAUGUUUGAGUGGGGGACAAACUGGUGGGCCCUGUCCUGCAGGAGAUUCUUGGAUUUUCAAAAGCUCUGAACAAGAAUGGACAGAACUACCGCCCUGUGCCAGUCCUAGGACAUACAGUAGUAUGGCUUUGCUGCCAGAAGUAAAUGGUCAGAAACGAGUUGUGUUGUACGGUGGGAUUGAAAAUGACAGACAAGUUAUUCAGACAUCUGAAGCCCCUGUAGACACAGUUGCGGUACUAGAUGCCGAUUCAAUGUCUUGGACCUAUCGUAAAACUACAACAACAAGCAGUUCAUUUCCUGCAAAGAGAGCAUCAGCAGCCAUGGUUUCUACAGCAACAGGAAUAUAUUUAUUUGGAGGAGUAAACACUGAAACGAAAGCGCUUAUGAAUGACAUCUGGUUCUUGGCUGGAAACUCCAGCUCUGCAGACCAGGCAGCCACUGGGGAGUGUGCCUCCAUUUUUACAAACUUCCCACUGGUACAUGGAAUUCUGAUGUUCCUGGGGUGGGGUGUAUGUCUGGUCUGGGGGACAUUCAUUGCCAGAUACUUCAGCUCCUCGGGGACCACAUGGUUUCUUCUCCACCGAAUUUUUCAGGUAUCUGGUUUGGUCCUCAGUGUUAUUGGUCUGGUCAUGGGGAUAGUAUCUGUCCAGUUUGAUCACUUCAAAUUUGCACAUGGUGCCAUAGGAAUUAUAAUUAUGCUGCUUGGUCUGAGUCAACCUUUCAAUGCUCUCAUUCGCCCACACAGACCAGCAGAAGGGGAGAAAACUCCUUUAAAGAGGAGGAUCUGGGAGUUAUUCCAUCACAACAUUGGACGUGUUGCAGUGGCUCUGGCACUGGUCAAUAUUUCCCUGGGGGUCUUCCUGGCCCUCUCCCACACAGCCAUCUGGGCUCUGUGGUUUGUUUACCUUAUCCUCAUCAUACUAGUGUUUUUGUUUUUUGAGCUCCUUAAGAUAGAAAUUAUUCAUGAAAAACUCUCUGGAAUUUUACCACUCAAGAAACAUGACUACCCUGUGUCAAGUGAACAUAAUAUGGAGAAAAUUAGUAAUGAACAAGACAUUGGAAAGAAAGACUAGACUACAUAAUGAAGCCUAUGUGAAAUCCACUUGUUAAAAAUCUGCAGUCUUCAUCGUUCAUGGCAACUUCUGUUUGCCAUUUUGUCAUUCCAACAUGACAGUUUUAAUUUUUUUGAUAUUUGUAUCCCAAGCUGUCUUGCUGUCAAAUUACAGAAACUCUUCAUGUGAUAAAGUUUUGCUAUAGCCCUCACUAGCAACAUUUUGUUGCAUAGAAAAAAAUUACUGUAUACCUAUUGAAGAAAGUGGUGCAGGCACCAUAUGAUUUAUAUGUUAGCUUUAUGAUUUAUAUGUUAUACACAUUGUAUUUCAUUCAAUAUCUUAUAGUUAUUGACAAUGUAAAGUAG